AUGACGUCCACAGGUUCAGGAUGGGCACAGCUCCGACAGCAGGCCCGAUCGCUCGAAACUCAGACUGAGCAGCUCUUUCAUACAUACGCACAAUUCAGCUCUCUCACUAAGCCACCACCAUCUCCCACGGAGGAAGAGCUAAGGCUCGAAUCCCAGUUGAAAGAUCUCCUUGAACGACGCGACUCCCUCAUCUCACAACUCUCCCGCCUCCUCGACUCUGAAGCUACCCUCACCUCCUCCGCCCUCAAACAGAACAACCUCGCCCGCCACCGCGAGGUCCUAGCCGACCACCGCCGUGAACUCCAACGGUUGACAUCCGCCAUCGCCGAGUCGCGCGACCGCGCCAAUCUACUCUCCAACGUGCGCUCCGACAUCGAUGCCUACCGCGCAUCCAACCCCGACGCCGCCGAGGCAGACUACAUGCUCGAAGAGCGGGGGCGCGUCGAGAACAGUCACAAUAUGAUGGACGGCGUGCUCAGCCAGGCAUAUGCCAUCAACGAGAACUUUGGAAUUCAACGCGAAACCCUCGCCAGCAUCAACCGGCGCAUCGUCGGCGCUGCCAGCCAGGUACCCGGUAUGAACUACUUGAUUGGAAAGAUUGGGACCAAGAAGCGGCGAGAUGCUAUCAUCCUGGGUUGCUUUAUUGGAUUCUGCUUUUUGAUGCUGGUGUUCUUCCGGUAG